AUGGUGGAAUUCCCGAAGGCACAGAAAUCGAGCAAAGAUCGGGAACUGGCACAAGUGAAUCACGUCAUGAUUCACUGUCUGCUCGUCUUGGCGCUGGCCUGCUCGGUCCUAGCCACAGCAGAUGCUCAAUCACCUACGUUCGACCGACAGGACCGGGACUAUCGUCCGUUGCAGUUCGGUAAACGAGACGGAUAUCGACCUUUACAAUUCGGCAAACGGGAUUAUCGGCCGUUACAGUUCGGGAAGAGAUCGUCGUCACUUGAUAACGCAUAUCUCGUGCCAGCUUUGUGA